AUGUCCCUCUAUAAUCGAACGUCAUCGAUGCCUGUAUCGUCAUUAAAGAAAGCUGUGGCGCAUACAUUCGAUGCGAUUCGGCAAAAAAAACCAAUAAUUUAUCAGAUUAUGAACAAUGCUAUGAUGAAUCAAACUGGCAAUGCUACAGUCCAUAUUGGUGCCAAGUCAUUAAUGGCACAUGCAGUCGAGGAAGUCGAAGACAUGGUUUCACUGGCCGAUGCGCUUGCAAUCGAUUCUAGCACAUUAACUGGACCAUGGAUUCAAGGGAUGCAACUUGUAGGACAGUGUGCCAACGACAAGAAGAUUCCGAUCGUAUUUGAUCCGAUUCUAUUCGGAGCCACGACCUAUAAUACGGAAGCUGUUCUACAAUUACUCAAUUCUCUCGAUAUUGCCAUUUUGAUAGGUAAUUCGAGCGAGCUUAAACACAUUUACAAUGCAACAGCUUAUAUGCAAGGAGCUGAGUCCGUUACUGACGUGCUCGAUCCAAGUCAGAUAGUACGUCAAUUAGCUCAGAAAAGAAAUGGAAAAACUAUUGUAGCACUUAAUGGUCAAAAGAACUAUGUUUCUGAUGGACAUCGGGUAGUGAUAAUUAAGAAUCAUUGUGAACGUCUCAAUCAACUUGUCGGUAUGGGAUGCGUAGUGAGUGCUCUGAUGGCUUGCUUUGCUGGUGUCACUAACGAUUAUUUGGUCGCAGCUGUUGGCGGUUUUGCUGUUAUGGGUGUGUGUGCAGAACAGGCUACAUUCAAUGCAUCAGUUCAUGGGACAGCGAGCUUUCAAGUGGCUUUAUUCGAUCAAUUGAGUACUCUUACUGGUAGCGAAUUGGAAUCAUUGAUGCACAUCGAUUUAAUUGAUAAUUAA